AUGGACGGUGAUAAUAUAUGUUAUCAUGAUGAACUCGCGGCUGCUACAAAGGCAGCACUAAAUCGUGAAGGAUUAUGGAAUGUUAAGAACUCUCAAAGUGCAUCAAAUGAUUACAGUUAUGAAGAGAUUGAGAUUGUUCCAACAAAAAUGAGCGAAUAUAUGGAGGCAUUUGCGAAUGUUGGAAACGGGUUAAGCGAUGUCGAGUAUGAGAAAGUUGUACUAAAAAGGUCAAGAAGUUGUCCACGGCUUGGAUUGAAAUUAUGUUACAAUACAGAAAUCGAAAAUGGUACUGAUAUAUUUAUUGGAGAGAUUGAGUGUGGCAGUAUUGCUGAUCUUGAUGGACGUCUAAAACUUGGCGAUCAAAUAUUGCAGGUAAAUGGUGAAGCAAUAUAUGGUCCUAAUAGUGCAAAAGAGCAAUUUCGUUGUAGUGGUGAUCAAGUUUCUUUGCUGCUUGCUCGUUCAGUACAUAAUGAAUUCGAGCUGGUAAUGGAAGCAUCUGGUGUAGGUUUAAAUACUGAAGAUAAAGGUGUACUUACCGAUGUAAAUUCCAGCAAUUCAACCUUAGAAAAGGAUUCUGGUUUAUCAAGAAUGACGGAUUCUGAUCUGGAACUGUUACCCCCUCCGAUUUUAAGUAGCUUGAAUCAGUCUACUGAAUCAUUAAUCGAUUUACCAGUGAUGACUGAUCAAAGGUUGAAAAGGUGUGUUAGUGAAAACUCCUUAGAACGGGAAUUAGCGUCGUUGCAUCGAGAGAUGGAAACAAUACGCUUGGAGUGUGAUAGGUUAAUUUCAAAACACACUGAUAACGAACGUGAUUUUGCGAAAAUGUCACAAAUUGAAACUAAUGGAGGUAGUAACGUAUCUGAUGUGAAAAUUGAUGGUAAAGGAAGAUUAGAAGACACAUCAAGUGCAUACAAUACUGGUGAGUCCUGCCGCAGCACUCCACUAAAACCUGAUGCCUUAGUUCAGAUCAAGAAGGACAGCAAAAUUGUUCAUCCUAACUACACAGUUCCUAAAUUUGCCGAGGACAUGACCCGAUGUAUGGUUUUACAAAAACCAUCAACUUCCCAAAUUCCGCAAGUUAAAUUUAGGUUACCACAGUAUUCGGUUGUUUUACGGGAAUGGGGAAAAAAAGAAUCUAAAGUAAUACAAGCUGAUAACGAUCAACAAGCAGUAGCAAGUAAUAAUGGGAAAAAAGUCAAAACUCAAGGGAUGCUUAGCGAAACCCGCAAAGCCGAUAAUAACAAAGCUGGUAUUACAAUGUACACGAAGCCUCAGAAAUUAGCCGAAACGAUUGCACUCCAACAACGAUUGCUACGUGAAGCAAUGGUUGAACAAGCCCAUAUGCUGAGGGCAUCAUCAGCUAAUGUAACUGGUACUUGUAAUUCGAAAAGUGAUCAAAAUGCAAUUAGAAAUCAAACUAAGGAACAAUACCAAAAUGUUAAAGCUCGUGAAACAUGCGAAUGGAAGAUUAAAAGGCGAGCGGAUGGAAGUCGAUAUAUUACAAAGAAACCAAUUCGAAAUAAAUUACUUAAAGAACGAGAAGAGCAACUAAACAAGGAACGGAUAGGUGUAAGUACAGAUGAUGACGCGAUGAGUGAGCUGAAGACUGGUCGAUUUUGGACUAGAGAAGAACGUAAAAAACAGUGGGAGCGAGCUAAACAGAGGAAAUUAAGGCAUCAUCAGUUGAUGGCUCAACGAAUUCAGCAACCAUCAGAUCAGUUAAUUGUACAACUAUCAAAGAAAAAAAUGAUGCGUCGGAAAGGUAACCGCUUACUGGAUAAAUUCACUACCAUUCAAGAGUUCAUGGCUCACGGAAAUCGUGAUAUUUCAAGUCGAUCCAUCGAUGGAAUAUUAUCUGUCACUACUGUGUGA